GUAUAAACUACAAACUAUUUUUUAAUCAACCCAUUCCCUCUAUAAAUACCGCACCAUUAACCAAACUCAGACCAAGAUUUGGCUUCUGUUUGCUAACUAGCUACCUACCACAAGCCAUCGUUUGUUUUUCAAGGUGAGAAACAGAUCGAGGAGAAAUGGCACGCAAGAAGAUCAGAGAGUAUGAUUCCAAGAGAUUGUUGAAGGAGCACUUUAAGAGGCUCUCUGGUCGCGAAUUGCCUAUUAAGUCUGCACAAGUAACGGAGUCAACUGAUUUCGCUGAGUUAGUAGAGAGAGAACCCUGGCUAUCAGCAUGUAAACUAGUUGUGAAACCCGACAUGUUGUUUGGCAAACGUGGGAAGAGUGGUUUGGUUGCCUUAAAUCUGGAUAUUUCUCAAGUUGCAACCUUUGUGAAAGAGCGCUUGGGCAAACAGGUGGAGAUGGGAGGAUGUAAAGGACCCAUAACAACAUUCAUCAUUGAACCCUUCAUCCCUCACAAUGAAGAGUUUUACCUUAAUAUUGUCUCAGAGCGACUUGGGUGCAGCAUAAGCUUUUCAGAAUGUGGAGGAAUUGAAAUUGAAGAGAACUGGGAUAAGGUUAAGACAAUAUAUGUCCCAACGGGGAUUCCUCUUGCCUCAGAAUCAUGUGCUCCACUUGUGGCAACCCUUCCAUUGGAGAUCAGAGGAGAAAUUGAGGAGUUCAUUAAAGUGGUUUUCACUCUAUUUCAAGAUGUUGACUUCACCUUCCUAGAGAUGAAUCCUUUCACUUUAGUUGAUGGAAAGCCUUAUCCCUUGGAUAUGAGGGGCGAGCUGGAUGACACUGCUGCUUUUAAGAACUUCAAAAAGUGGGGUGAUAUAGAAUUUCCUAUGCCAUUUGGAAGAGUAAUGAGCGCGACUGAAAGCUUUAUUCAUGGGCUAGAUGAGAAGACAAGUGCAUCUUUGAAAUUCACAGUUUUGAACCCUAAGGGACGCAUUUGGACUAUGGUUGCUGGAGGAGGUGCAAGUGUCAUUUAUGCAGAUACGGUUGGAGAUCUUGGUUAUGCUUCCGAGCUUGGCAAUUAUGCAGAAUACAGUGGAGCACCCAAUGAGGAAGAGGUGCUGCAGUAUGCCAGAGUUGUAAUUGAUUGUGCUACUGCUGAUCCUGAUGGCCGUAAGAGAGCCCUUGUGAUUGGAGGCGGAAUAGCUAACUUUACUGAUGUAGCUGCUACAUUUAAUGGCAUAAUCCGAGCCCUGAAGGAGAAGGAAUCGAAGCUUAAAGCAGCAAGGAUGCACAUAUAUGUGAGGAGAGGAGGUCCUAAUUACCAGAGGGGUCUUGCAAAAAUGCGAUCACUUGGAGAGGAGAUUGGCAUUCCUCUUGAGGUUUAUGGGCCUGAAGCAACAAUGACUGGCAUAUGCAAACAGGCAAUCGAUUGUAUCUCUGCUGCUGCAUGAGUUAUCAACCCUUAAGGUCAAUGCUUGGCUAAGUUCUCAUUGGAGAUUUCUAGUGUGCAACCUAACUUUAUACCAUUUUCACUAAUCCAAAUACCUCAGGGAGUGAUUUAGUUUAACAAAUGGAACACUGGCAAUGUUUGCCAACAGAUGAAAAUCUGAUCUAGCACUGUCACCAUAAUAAACACCUUUGAUUGUUUUACGUUUCAGUCUCCAUGCCUUGAGAUGUUGCCAAAGUUGUUAUUAUUUGCUUUUGAGCCUCAAUGUGUACGUCUCGUCUCCUCCAAGACAACCUAUAGAAUUCGAUUGAUAAUAGAGCCUCAAUGUUUGAAUGACU